GGAAAACUCGGAGGCCUUAGAGACAUCAUGUAUCUUCGCUGGGUUUUCGCUGUUAUUGUCUGCGCUGUGUGUGCAUUCAGUCCUAUUUCAUGCACUUAAAUGCAUAUAGGUAUUUCCCAACUUGCCAUCUUAGUCAUCGCAGAAAAAAAAUCAGUUACGAAUUACAAAUUAGUGGACAGCCGAUCAUCAUAAUAAAAUACUUGAAUCAUUUGAAUUUUAAUAACAUUGAGUGCAGACAAUAUUAUUUAGAUCAUUUAUGAUCCAAGACUUACAAAGAUGCGACGCAAUACAGUAUAGUAGGCAAUAAAAGCUUUAUUUUUACUCCCUCAAUCUAAAUUUGCAACGCGAUAAUAUUCAGGUUAUAUCAAAUAACACUUCAUGCAAUGAAUUAUUUUGUGAAACGAUAUUGAAAAGAUUGUUAUUUACACCUGUCAGUGCGUUACAUCACAUAAUAAAAUGUUGACGAAAAACGUUAGUGGAGCUUGUUUCAGUGACAAAAAGUCACUUCCCAUAGACACUGCUUGUUUCAGUGUUUUAAAUCAGAAUAAACAUCCUGUUACACUAUUUAGCAGCUUUUACGACUGUGUACUGUGUGAUGGAGAUCCAAUAGACAUUGCAGCCAAUGAAAAUUUAACAAUCCAAAUAUCUACAAAGUAUCCACUUCAAAUUCAUUGCAAUGAUAGCACAGCGACAAAUUCAUUUCAGGAAUGCAAUAAAACAUUUAGCUUCCAACAAAAUGGACGGUAUGGUUGGAAUAUAUCAGAAAAUGGGAAGUGUUCUGAAAUUUAUACUUUGUAUGAACCCUUCAAUCCAUAUUUGCCUCUUCUUGCUGCCUUAAUGGUUUAUUUUCUUGGAUUUUUGGUACUGUUCACAUCUAGAAUGAUCGUUAAUGUUGUCAAAACAUUUAUAACACGAUCAACAGAAGCUAAUGAUGAUUUAGACAGGUUACAAGAAACAGAAUCAAGUCCUCAACUACUUACAGUAUCUAAAACAAGUAUGAGGCAACAUGCUUUGGAUGCUUUUCGUGGUAUUGCUGUUCUAUUGAUGAUAUUUGUAAAUAAAGGAGGUGGAGAAUAUGUGUUUUUCAAUCAUGCUCCAUGGAAUGGCCUCACUGUUGCAGAUUUAGUUUUACCAUGGUUUGCCUGGUCAAUGGGUUUUACCAUCGUAAAGUCUGUUAGGAUUCACCUUAGAGUAUCAAUAUCUCGAACUAGGCUCAUAUUAAAGCAAUUUCGCAGAGCAGUUUUACUAAUUUUUUGUGGCUUACUUAUUAAUUCUCAACAUAAUUUUCUACAUAAGACUCCAUUGUCAGAGUUAAGAAUACCAGGUGUAUUGCAACUAUUGGCUUUUUCAUAUCUUAUUUGCUCUUUGGUUGAAACUUGUUGUGCUAGUGCACAAAGAACAUACCAGUUUAGACGAUUUGUAUUCUUGCAAGACAUUUUAGAAAGAUGGACCCAAUGGAUAGUUAUUCUUGUAAUAAUAAUAUUCCAUACUUGCAUAACAUUUUUACUGCAUGUUCCUGGUUGCCCAAGAGGAUACAUUGGACCAGGUGGAUAUCAUCAUCAUGGUGAAUACAUGAAUUGUACUGGUGGAGCUGCUGCUUACAUUGAUAAACUUAUAUUUGGUAAUCAUAUGUAUGCUAAGAAGACCAAUUUGAUUUAUGGACCUGUAUCUCCCCAUGAUCCAGAAGGAUUGAUCAAUUCAAUAUCUGCCACGCUUAUAGUUUUCAUGGGUGUUCAAGCUGGUAGAAUAUUUGUUACGUACUAUCAAUCUAAUGCAAGAAUUAUCAGAUGGGUUGCAUGGUUUAUAAUUACUGGACUCAUGGCUGGCAUUUUGUGCAAUUUCAGCAAAGAAAAUGGAGUUAUACCUGUGAAUAAAAAUAUGAUGUCAUUAUCAUUUGUACUAUGUACAUCAAGCUUUGCAUUUUUAUUAUUUGCAAUUUUAUAUUAUGUGAUUGAGUAUAAGAAAUGGUGGGAUGGAUCUCCAUUUAUUUAUGCUGGUGCCAAUCCAAUUUUAUUAUAUGUAGGUCAUUAUCUGACAUCAGGGCUAUUUCCAUUUGAAUGGAAUAUAAACGGAAUUCCUACUCAUACCUCUGUAUUGGCAAUGAAUUUAUGGACAACCACUUUGUGGACAGUAAUAGCUUAUAUUUUGUAUAAAAAAGAGAUUUUGAUAGCUAUAUAAGGUUUAACUACAAUUCAAUUAAAUUGGAAAAAUGUUGGUGUUACCUAAAAAAAGAAGCCUUGUAUUUUGAAAGAGAAAUUUUCUCAGUUGAUUGUGAUAAAAAUGUUUAAUUCAAAAAAGAAAUGAUUAUGUUCUAGUUUAUCGUUUGAGCCUAUAAUUUUCUUCAAAAGAUAGUCAUCAAUAAGUUUUUAUUUUUUAUUCACUGCUUCAUUAUAUUAUUAUGAAGCUUAUCAUAUUCUUUAUGAGAUUGAAUUCAAGCGUUCUUUACUUAUUAUUCACUGCUUUAUAUCAUAUACAAUGAAAAGAAUUAUUUUUAUAUUACCUGUUGAAUAUAACAAAAAUAGUUUUUGUAAUAAUAGUCAAAUAAAUAUAAA